CUAUGUUUGUUGAUCGCCGCGGAUGGCAACGAACCAAAACGGUCCUCACGCGCGCGCAAAAGCUGCUGGCUGCAGUCCUUUUCGUAUCCCCGUAUCCGUUUCUUUUCUUACCCAGCCGGAAAAAGGCCUCUGCUAAUUCUUUUUUUGCAUACUCCUUCCUGCGCGUCAUUCAACUCGAACCUCUUUGAUCUUCUCUCAAUCUAAUCUUUUUCACUCGCAAGAAAGGGACCCAACUCAUCUUUUCUUUCCAAAUCUUGAAAGUUCGAAUCAAAACGUCCUCUCAUCUACAACCUUCUGAGAGCGCGCUAGACCAUGUCAACGCGCUCGACACAAACCGUCCUAGAGACGCCGACGAUACUAAGGAAGAGAUCGGGUUUUCUGGUCCUCGCCGAAUAUGACAAAGCCGGCGCUCUAAAGACCAAGUAUAUCGAGUCGGCUCCGACUGCCGGAUCAUCUAAGGUCGAUCUCACGCUCCCUCCCAGAAGAAAGAAGCCUUGGCAAGAGCUUCUCGAAAUCUUUUUGCCAGAUGGCUAUCCGCAUAGCGUUACAGAUGACUAUGCUGAAUAUCAGAUUUAUGACUCUCUUCAAGCUUUUGCUGGCACAAUUGCCGGCAUGAUUUCCUCGCGUGCUGUUUGGCAAGGUCUGGGUGUUGGAGACUCAUUAGCGUCACCAACUGGGGCUAUGCUCAUCCAAGUCACUCGAGAGUCUAUGGGAAGGCUCGCAACCAUCACGUUCGCUCAUCUGUUUGCGACUUCAAUUGAAGCAGAAUGCAAGGCUUACCGCAUGGCCUGUGACCUGUUGACCGACUCGGCAAUGGUUCUCGACUGCGCAUCUCCCUAUUUCCCGCAAGAAGCCAGGUUUUUGGUUCUCUGUCUCUCUAGCAUUCUAUACUCCGCAUCCGGCGUCGUUGGGAACGCAUCAAAAAGCAGUCUUAGUGGUCACUUUGCCAAAUGGAACAAUCUCGGCGAGCUCAAUGCUGUAAGUUCUAGGACUUAUCACAGGGGAGACGCGUGCAAGAUUAGAGUUGCUAACAGUACGCAGAAAGAUGCCAGCCAGGAGACAGCCAUUUCUCUGAUAGGAAUGCUUACGGGAACGUUGUUGUUGUAUUUCCUGACCGACGAAACAUUAUCGUGGAUCGUGCUCUUUGUCCUCCUUGGCGUUCACCUUCUUCUCAACUGGAGGGGCGUUCGAGCAGUACACUCACGUCAGCUAAAUCGUCAACGUGCCAACAUUGCUCUGUCGGCACUAUUUUCGAAAGACGAAGUCCUCACACCACUGAAAGUUUCCCACAGAGAACUCAUCUUCGAGAAGCGAAGGGGAGAAGUCUUUCGCUGGAACUCCGGGCCAGUGUUUGGCCACUGCAAGUACGGAGUGCCCCUCAAGACCCUGCUUGAAGCCUUGGCCUAUGGGAAGACCCAUGAGAUGUCCUUCCAGCUUUCAAGUGUUGACCUGUAUACACUCAUGGAUGCAUUCGACCGCGAGGAGUACGUUCUCUGGUGUCAGUUAUCAACCGCGGCCAACGAUGCGGCCUCAAGAAUCAAAGUUAUUGUCGUCCUGAAAGAAGGGGUGACGCCGAGGUCACAGCUGAAAGCUUGGUUCCAUGGUCUGUUGCUGGCCAGAAGACUCAGCGGACAGGAAGAAGCGAACUUGGUGCGAGCUGAAUUCGACCAGCAAGCAAUGUUGUGCCACGUGGAGGAGAGUUUGCAAAUCGCCAAUGAAAAGUACGAGCUGUACGCGAGGAGACUGGCUUCUGCGGGCUGGAACAUCGAGGUUCCUGUGCUGGAGACCCGAGCAGGCUCUCGCAUUGUUCGGGAGCCUGACGAGAUGACAUCGCACUGAGUUAUUUCGCCGGUCGCGGGGGUUGAGGAGACGAUCUAGAUGGUCGGGGUCAAACCUGCAACCGUUAGAUUUGGUCUGAAGUUAAAACAUGCAGCAUAGCGUCACUGUGUCACAGUCAUCUUCA